CGUCAGCCGUUGGCCCUCCUUACCGUCGUCGUCAACUCCUCUGUCUCCUCUGUUCAUCUAGCUUAUGGACCACUGGAAAGAAAACUGAAAGCUAUAAGCUUUUGGGUGUUAGAAAAGCGUCGUCUUAGAAGCAAGCCAUGGCCUCUCUCCCCUGUUCUCAGAGCUCCUCUUCUGCUUCUAGAAAGGGAUAAGACUUGGUUUGCAAGAGCUCGUGGUGAUUCUUGGUUCCUCCUCUAUUCGACUCCUGACGGUCGGAACUCGGAUGAUCUUUUCUCGGUGACACCGGAGAUUUAGAGAGCUUAAAAGUGCGUCCUUUCCGUUUAUUGGUUUAAUUUCUUCGUUCAUAGAGACCCAGAGGUUGGAGGGCGAUCGUCGGUAGAUUCUUUCCGCGUUUGGUUGGCUUUAGAGCGAUGUGUGGGUCCAAGGUAAUUGAUGAGGCGGAGAUGAACAAGGAGAGAGCCGUAAGGUUCUAUUCUGAUGAAAAGGACCAGGCUAAACCCAUGUACCACAUACAAAGACCUGGUAGAAUUGAUGCUAGUAUACCAUGGGGAAGAAGCUUUGGAAGGUCAAGGGUAUUCCCUGAGUGUGACAAGUCAUGGCAAAAGCAGAUACUGGAUCCUGGAAGCCAUGUUAUGCUGAUAUGGAACCGGGCUUUUCCUGCAUGCUUGGUUUCUCUUUUUAUAGAUCCUUUGUUCUUUUACUUGCCUUUGAUUGAACCCCAUACAUAUUACUCAUGUGUUAAAAUGGACCGACACCUGAACAUUACCAUCACUUGUGUGCGGUCACUUGUCGACUUAUUCUAUAUCUUGCACAUCAUUGUAAAAUUUCACACUGCGUUUGUGGCCCCAAGCUCCAGAGUAUUUGGGAGGGGAGAGCUUGUCAUGGAUCCAAGAGAGAUUGGAAGGAGAUAUAUGAGAUCAGAUUUCUUCAUUGACUUUGCAGCAGCCUUGCCUGUUCCACAGAUUGUCAUCUGGUUGGUGAUGCCUGCAAUAAGAAACCGUGAUGCCAAUCAUAAAUAUACUGCCUUGGCACUGAUUAUUCUCAUUCAGUAUAUGCUUAGAUUAUAUCUCAUAUUUCUUUUAAGGAAUCAAAUUAUUAAAUCUGCUGGGGUUGUUACAAAAACUGCUUGGGCAGGAGCUGCAUACAAUUUACUACUAUUCAUGUUAGCAAGCCAUGUCAUAGGAGCUGUUUGGUAUCUUUUGUCAAUCAGCCGGCAGAUUACAUGCUGGAAAUCAGAAUGCCAGAUGGAGAAUAUGAAUGGAACAACUUGUGAUCUUAAAUUUCUAGAUUGUGACAUUUCAAACGGGAAAGCUCGCCAACUUUGGGCAACUAAAACAAAUGUUUUCUCAAACUGUGAUGCAAAUAAUCAAAGCAUCACUUUCAACUAUGGCAUAUUCAGUAAUUCAUUGAAAAAUGAUGUCGUCUCCGCAGACUUCAUUGAGAAAUACUUCUAUUGCCUUUGGUGGGGCUUGCUUAAUUUGAGCUCAUAUGGCCAGACUCUGACACCAAGCACCUUCAUUGGUGAAACGACAUUUGCCAUAUUGAUAGUUAUCAUUGGUCUUGUCUUGUUUGCUCUGUUGAUCGGCAACAUGCAGACCUACCUGCAAUCUAUUACCAAAAGGGUUGAAGAGUGGAGGCUGAAGCGAACAGACACUGAAGAGUGGAUGGAACAUCGCCAACUCCCUCAUGACUUGCGGGAACGUGUCCGAGGGUUUGUUCAGUACAAGUGGCUUGCAACACGGGGAGUAGAUGAAGAGAGUACUCUGCAAGCUUUACCUGCAGAUCUUCGUCGAGAUAUUAGACGUCACCUAAGCUUAGACCUUGUUCGCCGUGUCCCUUUCUUCUCAGAGAUGGAUGAUCAGCUCCUUGAUGCCAUAUGUUUGCGUCUUGUAUCCUGGCUGAGCACAGAAGGCACCUGCAUAGUUCGUGAGGGUGACCCUGUGACGGAGAUGCUUUUCAUAAUCCGUGGAAGAUUAGAGAGCUCCACCACUGAUGGGGGCAGAACAGGUUUCUUCAACUCCAUUAUUCUUAGACCUGGUGAUUUCUGUGGUGAAGAGCUGCUCACAUGGGCACUGCUUCCCAAGUCCAACGUCAACCUGCCCUCUUCCACCCGGACUGUGAGAGCUCUUGUUGAAGUAGAGGCCUUCGCCUUACGAGCAGAGGACCUCAAGUUUGUUGCUAACCAAUUUAAAAGAAUGCACAGCAAGAAGCUGCAGCACACAUUCCACUUCCAUUCCCACCAUUGGAGGACAUGGGCUGCCUGCUUCAUCCAGGCAGCAUGGCGUCGGUACAAGAGAAGAAAAAUGGCUAACGAUCUGAAUAGGUGGGAGUCGUUCUCCUCCAUACCUGAUGACUAUGAGCAAACAACCAAUGAGUCUGGACAUGAGGAUGAGUUCUUUAGCAGCUCUGUCAAUCCUUCCCAUCCUGUCAAGAAUCUGGAGGCCUUGAAAUCAGCAUCUAAUUUAGCUGCAAGUUUUAGGAAGUCUCAGACGGUGAAGGCUAUUGACAUGCCCACCAAGUUCCUGAAGCCAAGUGAACCCGACUUCUCUGCUGAUCCCUAUGAUUAGUAUCUCAUAUUGAGCAUUAUGCUCAUAACACAGAAUUACUUAUGAUCAUAGCUGCUACAAUUCCGCUUCUGCUUGUGUUGCAUUGGUAGGUUCCCAGCAAACAGUAAGAUGUUCAGCGCAGUCUAAAUCAUAGUACACUCAAGCCUUGCUGAGAGCCCUGGUAUUUGGUUGUGUUGGUUUGACUUCUUUUUUAAGAUUGACAGGCUUGUAAUAUUUCAGAAUUUAGCUUUGUCAUUGUGCAGUAUAAACUCAUCUGCAUAUUUCCGUCUCUCAUGUAGAAAAAUUUAAAAAAAUCAUCUCAAGAUACGAUCGAGAUUCUCGAUCUGUGAGCA